AAAGUCAAAGGCCGCUUGAAAACCGCUCGAAUGGGUUGGCGGAGAGGAUUAAAGCGAAACAAAAAUAUGAUAUUUUGAUGCUUUGCAUUCACCCAAGCGAGCCUACUUUUGUGCACUUGGAGAGCUAAUGGUUUUAAGAUUGUGACGGAGAUGAAAUAGCAACGCCGUAAACGAUUUCUGGUGGAUAUUUUAGUCUGCUUUUCGCGGGACGCCUGUUUGUUGGUGUACACGGUUUUAACAAGCUAGCGCUAGCCUCGACUCUGGUGAGCUGCUCUUUAGCUGCUAUGGUCGUCGCAGGCUUGUGCGGAUGUCUCCGGAAUUUAUAUUGAACCGACUGCAACAAAUGGGACUAUCCAGCAUCAGUCGAAAACACUGCGGCAUAGACUAAACAGCACAGAUUCUGGUAAUUUGGAUUCGUGGGGAUUUAGAGGAUAUUGUGGACUCUACAAGCAGCAGGAAUUUUUCUAGUUGGAUUUUAGCCCACUGAAAUUCUCCCACAGCCAUGGAAUCGACGGUUGAUGACGAUGCAAUGGCAGCGUGAAUGAAGCUUGGCGUGGGGAGAGCUGAACGAUGCCCAAAGGUGGGGGUUCUAAAACCCCCCAACUGGACCACUUCCCACUCAACUCCGACAUGGUGGAAAAGCAGGGUGGGAAAAAGGAUAAAGUGUUGUCAAAUAAGACUCCCAAACUGGAUCGCAGUGAUGGGGUCAAAGAGAUGAAAGAAAAGGCUCCUAAAAGGAAACUGCCCUUCACCACUGGAGCAAAUGGAGACCAGAAAGAUUCUGACUCAGAGAAACCAGGUCCAGAGAGGAAGCGCAUUAAAAAGGAGCCCACUAACACCCGGAAGCCGUUUGGGAUGGGAAUGCCAGGGAUCCGGCCUGGGUACCCCGUCUCCGAGCGGCAGCAGGUGGCCUUGCUCAUGCAAAUGACAGCUGCGAAGUCCGUCAACAGUCCAGACACAACACCAAAGCAUCAGUCACAGUCCUGUCUGGGUCAGAAGGGAACGCCAAACUCUGCAUCUAAAACCAAAGACAAAGUAAAUAAAAGGAAUGAAAGAGGGGAGACUCGACUGCACAGAGCAGCAAUUCGUGGAGAGGUGCGCCGCAUCAAGGAGCUCAUCAACGAGGGAGCUGAUGUGAAUGUAAAAGACUUUGCAGGCUGGACUGCAUUGCAUGAGGCGUGCAACAGGGGAUAUUAUGAUGUGGCAAAGCAGCUGCUGGCAGCCGGAGCUGAAGUCAACACCAAGGGUCUGGACGAUGACACUCCUCUGCAUGAUGCAUCCAACAACGGGCAUUUCAAGGUGGUUAAGCUACUUUUACGUUAUGGAGGGGACCCACGGCAAAGCAACCGAAGGGGUGAAACACCGCUAAAGGUUGCCAGCUCUCCAACUAUGUUGAAUCUGUUGCUGGGGAAAGGCACGUACACCUCAAGUGAAGAGAGUUCAUCAGAAUGUUCUGAGGAAGAGGAUGCACCCUCAAUUGCCCCUUCGAGCUCUGUAGACGGCAAUAACACAGACUCUGAGUUUGAGAAGGGUUUGAAGUUAAAAGGAAAACCCGCAGACCCUCCGAAAUCUGUUGUCACACCUGUCAAGGAUGAAUACGAAUUUGAUGAGGAUGAUGAGGAGGAGCGAGUCCCUCCUGUCGACGAUAAACACCUCUUAAAAAAGGACUUUCGAAAGGACUCCGUUAGUAAGGCCAACAGCUUCAUCUCUAUACCCAAGAUGGAAGUUAAAACCUAUUCCAAAAGCAACUCGCUCACACCAAAGAAAACUGUCAGGCGGAUCAUCUCUGACAGUAACAGUUCAGACGAGGAUGACAGGACGUUGUGUUUCACACCAGCACCCACACCACGGCAACAAGCCCAGCAAACAAAUACCAAGACUAGAGACUCUGGCAGCAUGAGCUCAAAACAACAAAAAGACAAAAAUAAAGUCAAAAAGAAGCGAAAGAAGGAGUGUAAAAAUAACGUCAGCAAAGAAGUCAGGUUUGGCAAAGUAAAUGAUAAAUUCUGUACGUCAGACUCCGAUAGUGGAGGUCUGGAGAGUGAGGAUGAUAAGGGCUCAAAUAAUUUAAAGGACUCUUCCUCAAUGAACCUUAAAGAAUCCUCUCGCUUUAACGCAACCUCCUCUUCCUCACACGGAAACUUGAACUCUCAGAAACACACGCCAUCAUUAGCAGAACAGCAUCCGAAGCAGUGGAGGACAGAUGGCUGGAAGACCGUGUCGUCUCCUACGUGGUCGGAUGUCAGUUCUCUUUCGGAUUCAGUCAGAACGAGACUGUCCAGUGAGUCAGAGUACUCUUCUGCUGAUUCGAGUAUUGAGUCAAUAAAGCAAAUUAAAAGAAAAGCGCAGGAGAACAAAAAGAAAAACAACAAUGCACACGGUAACACUGUAGACAAGAAAAACUCAGAACUCUAUAAAAAUUCCACCGCAGAGAGCGCCAUCUCCAAAACUGAUGGAGAUGGUAAAGUGACUAAAAAGCAUAAAGUAAAGCACAAGCAUAAAAGUAAGGAAAAAGACAACGCUCCUAGUCUAGUACUUAAUCAAGAUAUGAACGAGAAGUUUGUCAAGAGCUAUUCUUUUGACUUUGAUGAUUCAAGGCAAAAGUCCUUAAUUGUCGACUCUGAAUCCACAACUGAGAGUAAAAUCAAAUUAUCCAGACACGAAAAAGACCAUUCAAAAAAGGAAGAUAGGCUUUCAAAAGCCAAGUCUGAGGAUAAGGAUUGGUCGUCUGGAAAGGAUCUGCAUAGAACAGCAAAAGAAGAGAAAAAUAAGAAAGCAAGGGACACCACCAAGGACAAGACGAAUAAAGAGGAGAGGGACAAAUCUGUAAAAUCUGACAAGGAGAGAAAUUUUAAAGAGAAGGAGAAAGCCAAGGAAGAUAAACAAAAGACUCACAAAGAAGAGAAAAAGAAAAAGUCCAAGGAGAAGUCCUUCUCUAAAGUGGACAGAAAAAGUGAGCAGAAGGAAGAGAAACAUCUUAAGGUGGACAAGGAGAAAACCAUCAAGGAGGAGAAAGAGAAAUACAAAAAAGACAAAAUGCUAAAGGAAGAGCCUGAGCAUGAAGGCUAUGACGUUAACAAUCGGUUCCUCAGCCUGGAGGACACAAAGCUCAGUGCAUCAGAUGACCAUCACGACAGGUGGGGCUCUGAAAUGUCCUCUGAUUCUUCUAUGUGUGGAGACGAUAGCUGGGAUGCUCACGUCAAAGAAGUCAAAGAAUAUAAAUCCAACAACACUGUUAAGCUAAUUGUUGAGACUGUUAAAGAGGAGACGAGGAGAAAAGACAACAAGGUUAAGGACAAGAGAGCAGAGCACAGUGACAAGAAGUCAGAGAAAGAAGCCAGUUUUAAAAAGAAAGAAAAAGACUCUUCUGAAAAGACAAAUGAAAAGAAAAAAGACUGGUCUGAAAAAACUAAACUGAACUCCAGCCACUCCCUUGAGAAAGACAAAAAGCGCAAGGAAUCCACAGAAACGGUCAAAGACAAAAAAGACAAGGAUUCCUUGGACAGUAGUAGAGAACGUAAAGAUUCAUACGAAGGUGUGAAGGACAGAAAAGAUCUCAAAAUCAAGCAAGAGUCAAUCGGAGAUGAUUAUGGCAAUGACAGCUUCUUUAAAGACAUCGAUCCUGCAGGAAAACUUUGUGACAUCCGAGAAAGAAAUCACUCUGGAAAGGAGAAAGAAAAGAAAAGUGAGGGAGUGGAGAAACGAGAAAAGACAAAAGUUGACAAAUAUAAAGAAAAAGCAAAAGACAAAGGAGCUGACCAUGAGAAGAGUGAGCGAGGCUUCACAGAGAAAGCUGUCAAGGAAAAAGACGAAGACCGGGGCACCAAAGACAAGAAGGAGGGAGCCAAAGACAAACACAAAGACUCUCAUGGCAAAGACAAAGAUCGAAAGAUGUCUUCAGAAUUGGCAAAGGACAAGAAAGAGAAGGCAUCUCAAGAUAAACAUUCUGAGAGGGAAAAAGAUUUCCUCGAGGUAAAGAAAGAGGAGAAGAAAACAGAAAAAAUCAGGGAAAAAACAUGGUACAAAAUAGCAGACAUAUUCACAGAUGAAAGUGAUGAUGACGAGGACAGCUACAACAGUUCUGUUGUCCUUGGGUCAAGUGCCAUAAGAAAAGACUCGACGCCUGAUCAGGAUGAGCUGGAUCACUUCCCCGCUGAAAAAAUGAGAAAGUCGUCCGCAGACAUUAAACACAACACGGAAAAAGCAAAAGACAAAGAAUACAAGGAAAAGAAGAAGGAUAAGACCACAUUUGACUCCGGUAAAGAGCGGAAAGGCUCCCUAGAGAAACACAACAAGGACAAGAAGGAUUCAGUAGACUCAAAAUAUAAGGAGAGGAAGGACCGAUCCUCGGUGGACUCGAACCAGGAAAAGAAAAAUAAGCAGAAGCUGCUGGACAAAAGGGACACGAGUGAGGAAAAGAUGAAAAGCAAAUACAAAGACAAGCAGGACCAUUCAAAAGAAAGGAAGCCCUCCAAAGGCAGUGGUGAGAAUGAAAAGUCUCUUUUGGAAAAACUAGAGGAGGAAGCUAUGAAUGACUACAAGGAUGACUCAAAUGACAAGAACAGUGACAUCUCCUCCGAUAGUUUUACUGAUAGAGGUCAUGAGCCAAUCCUCACUACUUACUAUGACUCCAUCAACCUUAAUGAUAUGUCUGAGGACAGACGAGACUCCCUGUCCAUUCCUACACCUCAGGACAGAUUCAGAGACAAAGAAAGGCUUCGACAUUCCUCAUCAUCGUCAUCCAAGAAGAGCCAUGACAAAGAAAAGGAAAAAGUCAAAAAGGACAAAGGAGAUAAACGUGGGGAGAACAGAGAGUCCUACAAUCGCAGAGAGAGUCUACCGUUUGAGAAAGAGCCCAUGCCUCUUGAGGCAGACCCUUACACUUUCCCAUUCGGGGGCAAAGGGGACGGCGAAGACGACUAUGACAAAACACUGGAAUUUGAAAAAGAGAUGUCCAAAAAAGACAAAGAGAAAGCAACUGGCAUCAUCAGUGACAGGACAAAAGACAAAAAGAAAAAGGAGAAACAUAAAGACAAGUUGAAAGAAGAAAAGAAUAAAUACACAGACGGCUUUGGAUCAUUUAAACACUCUAGGGACGAUGUGAAGUCAGGUUUGAAAGAUAACCUGCAGUUCUCCGUUCUGAAAGACAGAUCGAAAGAGCAAAGUCCUAAAUUUGAUUUGAAAAAAGACAGAAGUCGAGACAUGUUGGACAAAGACAACAGAAUGGAUCACAGUAAAUCUAAGGCGAAGGACGAAAACGAAAAGCUCACUCAGUCCAAAGACGCAACACGAAAAGACAAUCGUCCACGCGAAAAACUGUUGGUGGAUGAUGAUAGUCAGCUGACAAGUUUUGGCCAAAUGUUAAGUCAAAAAGAUCAGGAAAUUGGAGUGAAAUUAAAGAAACAAAAAGAAAAGAUGAAGCAAAUGGAGAGGCUGAGACCCAAAACAGGGGACCCUAAACUCAAAGAUAAAGCCAAGUCUACAGAGGAAGUACGAAAAAACCGCAGUGAGCUGACCUCCAAGAAAUCCAACAGCUUAGAGUCUGGUCUUAAGGAGAAAAAGCUGAAGGAUGUGGUCCUACCAGCUCAGAUGAUGUCUCCAGGGAGGAAGUUCCAGCCUAGUGACAGUCAAAACACAAAGGACUGGAUGGCAGGCCACCAAAUGAAAGAGAACCUCCCCGCUUCGCCCAGACCAGAUCAAAACAGACCAACUGGUGUCCCCACGCCAACAUCUGUCAUCUCCUGCCCCAGCUUUGAGGAAGUAAUGCAGACACCACGGACCCCAUCUUGCAGUCCAGAGGAUUACCCUGAAAUUAUGCUGGAUGGGCUGGACUGCCAGAAUUCAUCAGCCAUGACUAUGUCAAUGAAUGCUUGCUCCCCAACCGUCUUUGAAAGCAGAUACUCCAAUUCCCAAAGUUUCCAGGAGGGUACGUGUCCUACUCCUGCAAAGAACCUGCAGCUACCACUCAUCAGCCGUUCUGCAUCACCUGACACCCGCAGAUCUUUAGAUAACGAAUUCAAAGCCGAGUCCGACAUGCCUUUUCGACAGCAGAGUGAUCCAGCUGCUGAUUUUGAGUCAUCUUUGCAGCCUUUAGAGGAAAAAUCAGUAACCGUCAAUAGGCUGGAGUGUGUUUCACCCUAUUUCUCUCCAUUGAGAAUGUUGUCUCCUCGCCGUGAGCUACCCCAUCUCACACCAGAUAGUAUGGCAACAACUCUUUGUGUCGCAGAGGGCCACGAAAACCUUCCUGAAAGCGUAUACAACAGUUUUCUGCCAAAACCGUCAACGCCAGUUCACAGACCAGAUCCCCAGGAACCAUGCUUUGACAUUGCUGCACCACCAACCCCAGCUCCUGCUGCUUUGCUACCCCUAGAUAUUGAUGACAUCUCGGAGCCGAACCACAGUGAGCCAAAUCUGCCCGAGCUGCCCUGUGUCGCAGAAGAACAGGAGCGAGAAGAAGAAGAGGAGGAAGAAGAGGAGGGGGAUGAGGAGGAGGAAGAGGAGGAAGAAGCUGAUAUGGAUGAGAGGACAGAUGGUGAUUGCUGUGCCGUGGAAGAGCCAGAGCAGAUAAGAAAUUUGUGUUCUUUCUCCCCUCAAGUUGAGGACCCGCUAAGGAAGAACUGGCCUCUGGAGUCUCCACAUCGGCAGGAGUCGGACGUUCACCAGCUGUCUCCAGCACACACUGCACUGAAUCAUGUAGACAGCUGUUUCGAUGACAACAUGGGUUGGAACACUGAUAUGGACCUUAAAGCUGCUCGAGGGGAGAUUGAAGCUGCCGUCUCUAAAAUAACCAGUCCUUACUCUCACUCUGACAAUGAAAUGCAGCCCCUCUCGGUACACCCUCCUGGCUCCUACGACAACUGGAAUAGGUGGCCCAAAGAGGACAUGGAGGACUCUGAUGAGCAGAAGGAGGCUGUGGCGGACAUUCCUUCUCCUGAGCGGCCUGAAACCACUAUGGAUGAGGAACCCGACUAUUUAAAUACAUCAUCAUCAUCUAAUAGGCUCGACUCUUUCUUCCAUGACUGCAACAAACCUAUCAUAGAGAACAGCCACCAGAUGGAUACAGACUGUGUAGAGCCUGACGGUAGAAUGAACAUGCAGAACUUCAACACGACCCAUGUUGAUGACAUUGCUCCAGCUGUGGGCCGUGAGCCUGUGGUGCCCUGGGCAGAUCAUUUCUCGACUGAUGCAGAUGAACUUGAUGACCUGGGGCCAUUUUCUUUGCCUGACCUACCAUUACCAGACAAGUCAGAAGAAGGCGAGCCUCGAGAUCAUGAACUAGCUGACCACAGCAAGAUCGUGUCAACUCACAUUAGACACACCAUUGGCAAAGAAAAGCCAGACAUAAUAGAGGUAGACCUACCAAGCUUGACAAAGACUCCAUGUCCUGCUGGAGACCUCAGUUUAGGGGAAUCUACUGGACAAGACUUUGUUGUGCCGUCACCACAUACCACCUUCCAGCAGGAGUUGGACUCUGAGCUUCAAAGUGUGCCCACCAACAGCUGUUUGUCUCUUAACCCACAACACAGCAGCAUGUUAGAAAGACCAUUAGCAUACGAAAUACAUGAAGAGUCAGAACCUAACAUGCUGUAUCCACCUGUGAAACCAGCUGCCUGUCAGCAACAUCACAUAUCCCAGCUCCAUUCCUUCACCGAGUCAGUCCAGUUACCGCUGGACUCUGUGUCUGCCACAAAACCAGACAUUAGGCACAAGGACACUCCUGAUACAACAGAAUCUGUGUCAUUCAGUCCUCUUCCCCAUCUGUCUGUGGCAGUCACCCUCUCCAGCACAGUGGAACUUCCAGAUACUCAGGAACCUCCAUCCAAGCUAAUGCCAAUCUUCCCAACAACCGUGCCCACCAUUGUAGAUGUUCCCAAGAAGGUAGAGGAAAUUCCUCAAAGGAUCACUCGCAAUCGCGCCAAGAACAAUCCCUCUGCUGUCCCUGCUACCUCCAGCAUCACAACCUCAUCAACCAUUGCCACCACUGUGAUGAACAGUCCAGUAGUGAGCAUUAAUCUAGUCCCAACAAGAACCCCGACACCCACUUCAGUGACUUCCUUUUCAUCUCCAAAGAAAGAAAAAGACUCGGUGCUGAGCGUUUCCACUACUGCACCCCCAGCACCGCAUGUAUUGCCAUCUCUGACUGCAUCAGCGGUCAUCGGUAAGUCGACAAAAGGUCGUCCUCUGUCUGUGGACGAGGAGGACUCAACCCAGCACCCACGCAAGAGGAAAUUUCACCGAACAGCCGGGCAGCAAGUCCAGGUCCAGCUUGUAAAUACAGCCAUGCAGCAGACCAGGGAAAUGAUUCAACAGACCUUAGCUGUAGUUGUUAAUGCCAUCAAGCUGGAUGAGAUCGAGCCUUACCACAGCGACCGGUCCAACCCUUACUUUGAGUAUCUGCAGAUCAGGAAGAAGAUAGAGGAGAAGAGGAAGAUUCUGUGCUACAUUACCCCGCAGGCCCCACAGUGUUACGCUGAGUAUGUGACCUACACUGGUUCUUAUCUGCUGGACGGCAAGCCUCUCAGCAAACUUCAUAUCCCCGUGAUUGCCCCACCUCCGUCGCUGUCAGAACCAUUGAAGGAGCUCUUCAGGCAACAGGAGGCAGUAAGAGGCAAGCUCAGACUGCAGCACAGCAUAGAACGGGAGAAACUCAUUGUUUCAUGUGAGCAGGAAGUUUUACGGGUCCACUGCAGAGCAGCCAGAACGAUAGCCAAUCAGGCUGUGCCGUUCAGCGCCUGCACCAUGCUGUUGGACUCGGAAGUGUACAACAUGCCAUCAGAGAGCCAGGGUGAUGAAAAUAAAUCUGUGAGAGAUCGAUUCAACGCACGUCAGUUCAUUUCCUGGAUUCAGGACGUGGAUGAUAAAUAUGACCGAAUGAAGACAUGUUUGCUGAUGCGACAGCAGCACGAGGCAGCAGCCCUCAAUGCAGUGCAAAGGAUGGAGUGGCAGCUGAAGGUCCAGGAGCUGGAUCCAGCAGGGCACAAGUCCCUCUGCGUCAACGAAGUGCCGACCUUCUACGUGCCAAUGGUCGACGUGAACGACGACUUUGUCCUGCUGCCUGCGUGACACACUGCUGCUCACAGAUCAGGAUAAAACUCUGAGUCACUUCUUCCCUAGGAGGCUUUGUUAAACAGAACGAAUGGAAAGGGCUAGCAAGUUCAACAGAGGAGUUUCUACAGGAAAAGUAUACUCUUCAGAAAAGGAGCAAAGUAGAAAAACUUGUUCUUCAUUCCCUUCUGCGAAGAAGGAAACAGGUUUUUUAUCGGAGGAAAAGAAAACACACAACUUGCACUUUCAUCCUCAAAGUUUUUAUGCUUUUGUUUGACCGGAGCGCGAGAAGCAGAAACAGUUUUUGCUUUGAGGCUCUGACGUCGGGACACAACUCCUCAGUGCUUCGUUAGGGUGAGACGGGGGGGACAGAGAUUUAUUUUCUGCUUUCAGUUUUUGCCCCCCCGCUUCGAUACCCGCUGCUACUGGGAGGAUGGAUCAGAGAGGAGCUCUCCCAGCCGCCUGGUGCCUGUCCAGAGGGAGGCCUGAGGAGACGCUCCCUGUUGACGCAGGGUCGUGCCAGGUGAGUCCAGCGCUGACCCAGAUAAAGUGACAGGAGCCACGGUGCAUCUUCAACAGGCUCCAGGAAGCUACAGCCAGCCACUGAUGGUUUAGGGCUCUGUUCGUACUGCGCCGGGCCUAGCCAAGCCCGCAGUGGGCUGGAGCACCUGUCAGAGGUCCAGAUGUGUCUGAGAGGAAAACUACAGCCUCUGAGCCUGGCUGAACAGAACGGGACGAGCACGGAGCCCUGAGGACAGGCCGGAGUGUUCCUCAGCAACUCCACUCGCGCCGACACAAACACAUCGGACCGCCACGGACUGCAAAAAACCAACACGGGACAACCAGAACAAACAAACAAACAAACAAACCCAACGAAUGUUGAUGUUCAGAGACUUGAGAACUUGAGGUUUGGCAGGAGAAGAGAAAUAUUGUUUUUGUCUAUUUCUUUACUUGGGCAUUUCAUUGUUUCUGAGGAAGUGACUUGAAACACUACAGAGCCAAUAUUAGUUUAAUGGAAAAAAAACCAGAAAGGACAAAAAAAAAAACAUUUAAAAAAGUUGUAUUCCGUAAAUUAUGUACAGUUUUUAUAUUCGUUAACCAACGUAUUCUUGCUGCCUUCUAGAUAAUUUAUUUUGCCACACAUUACUGCACAGUUGUAAAUAACCUAUGUACU